AUGACACCAGUCACAACCAACAAUGACCAACACAGCAACCAGCAGCCCAGCAGCAGCCCAGCCAGCACCAGCCCCACCCGGCAACCAGCCAGCACCAGCGGCCAACAGCACCAGCCCAGCAGCCCAGCAGCCCAGCCAGCACCAGCCAGCAGCCAACAGCAGCCCAGCAGCCCAGCCCAGCCAGCACCAGCGGCCAACCAACAGCAGCAGCCCAGCCAACACCAGCAGCACCAGCAACAGCCCAGCAGCAGCAACACCAGCAGCAACAGCCAACCAGCAACGCAACCAGCACCAGCAACCAGCAACCCAGCCCAGCAGCAGCCAACACCAGCAGCCCAGCCACAGCAACCCAGCAGCAGCAGCAGCCAGCACCAGCAACCCGGCAACAACAGACAGCAGCCAGCACCAGCACAACCAACAACAGCAGCAACCAGCACGGCCAGCCAACCCAACCCCAACCAACGGCUGCCCAGCAACCAACAACCCAGCCCAGCAGCCCAGCAGCCAGCACCAACCCCCAGCAACCAGCAACAGCCCAAUCCAGCAACCCAGCCCAACACCAGCCAGCUAACAUGA